UUUAUUUCCAUUCUAAAAGAUAUAGAUAAAUUCAUUGUGCUCUAUCUCUCAUUUCCCAUGCUAUCUGCUAAGCCAUGUCUUCUGUCUCUUUGAAUAUAUAACUUCAUUUUUUCUCUCUUUAAUUCUCAAAUCUCUAUACUCUUUCAAGAAUGUCUGUGGCUAUGGCAGCUUGCAGUCUUGGACUUCACCUCAGUCCUGAUAAUAAUAAUAAUAAUAAUAAUAAUAAUAAUUGCUUCAAAGUAUUGGAAAAAUCCAUUUGCAGUGUCUCCAUGUUGAAGACCACUUCUAUGUAUGAUACUAUUAAACCAUCUUCCAUUCUUCACAAAACAAGAUUAUCAUCUUCAGGAUUUACAAUCAUCCCUCGAGCAACGGCUAUUUCUAAUGUGGAGGAUGGAAAUCAAGGUGUCGCUGAUAUCGUCCCAACUCCUAUAGUUAUAAUUGAUCAAGAUUCUGAUCCAGAUGCAACUGUGGUGGAAAUAACCUUUGGUGAUCGCCUUGGUGCUCUUCUGGACACUAUGAAUGCAUUGAAAAACUUGGGGCUGAAUGUUGUUAAGGCAAAUGUGUAUCUGGAUUCCUCUGGCAAACACAACAAGUUUUCAAUCACAAAAGCUGAUACAGGUAGAAAAGUGGAUGAUCCAGAGUUGUUAGAGGCGAUUCGUUUGACAAUUUUAAAUAACAUGAUCACAUAUCACCCGGAAUCAAGCGCCCAGUUAGCUCUAGGAGCAGCUUUUGGACUUUUGCCUCCAAAGGAGCAGGUUGAUGUGGACAUAGCAACCCACUUAACAGUCUCUGAUGAUGGCAUAGACAGAAGUUUGCUGUAUGUGGAAACAGCCGACCGGCCUGGAUUAUUGGUUGAUCUUGUAAAGAUUAUUACUGACAUUAACAUUGCUGUUGAAUCUGGAGAAUUUGACACUGAGGGUCUGUUGGCUAAGGCAAAGUUUCAUGUCAACUACCAGGGUAAAGCCAUCAUCAGGCCUCUCCAGCUGGUUCUUGUUAACAGCUUGAGAUACUUCUUGACACGGCCUUCAACUGAGGAAUCAAGUUUUUAGAGUGGCACAUUGUCACAACUAAAUUGGGAAUAUAUAUAAUAACUGUCUACAGUACAAUAUUUAUUGGCAAUGCAUUUGGGGCACAAAUGUAGAAUAUUAUUGUUAUUGACUUAUUGUUAAACCCCAAAGUUGGAGUACAUUAAUUCACUCAAUUUGGAUAGCAUUGCAGAAUGAUCAUAUUGUAAAUUUACAAACUCAUAAUGUUCUUGCUUGCACUUCCACGGCUUUAUAUAUUCAUUCAUGUUUAUAUUUAUUA